GCCGCCAGGCGGAGGAGGGUGGUGGGGGCCCUCGGAAAUAAGGCCACGGUCAAGGGCAGAGUCGUGAAGUCGGCAAUAGAGGAGUAUCACAAGAGGAAGCCCGUGAAUCACUUGAGAACAAACCUGCAGUACAUGUUGAAGGGACGAGUUGUUGCAAACAAAGCCAUCACAGAACAAGUACUUGCUCAGAACAGAGGAAGGAAGGCCAAAGAUCAGCCUCCGAAGAAGGCAGCAAAGAAGAAGCCUGAGGGCACUGUCUUUACUGAGGAAGAUUUCCGUAAAUUUGAGAGGGAGUAUUUUGGGAGACCAUAA